AUGGGGUUAGAACUUAAAAGAGGACAUUUGCAAACAAUGGCAAAUAUCACAUUGUCCAUUUUCAUCAUCGUCCCCAUGACCGGUUUGUCACUUGCAACCGAUACUUUGGGCGUGAACAAUUCCAUCAGUUAUGGAGAAACAUUGGUUUCUUCAAACCUAAUCUUUGAGCUAGGAUUCUUUACUCCUCGCAAUUCGAGUACGAGCUACUUGGGUAUAUGGUACAAGUUUAGUCCUAACAUGGUUGUGUGGGUUGCUAAUAGAAACAAUCCGCUAGCGGACCGCGACGGUGUUCUCACAUUCAGUGAUGUGGGUAAUUUAGUUGUUCUCAAUCAAUUGAAUGGUGUGGUUUGGUCUUCGAAGUUGUCCAGGGUCCUUCGGAAUCCAAUCGCGCAGCUCCUGGAUACAGGAAAUUUUGUCCUUUGGGAUAACUCCGUUUCAAGUCCUGAUGAAGCCUAUUUGUGGCAAAGCUUCGAUUACCCAUCUGACACGCUUUUAGCAGGCAUGAAGCUGACUUUGAACCUGAAAACGGGUUUUGAGCGGCGUCUCAUUGCAUGGAAAAGCAUGGACGACCCUUCUCCUGGAGACUAUGUCCAUGAGUUAAACUACAGUCAGGGUCUCCCUCAGUAUGAAGUGGAGCAAGUGCAUGUGCACAGCAAAAAAUAUCGAACGGGGCAAUGGAACGGAGUCCGAUUUGUUGGCUGUUCCCUUGCACCAAAUCCAUUUAUAGUGCCUGUGUUUGUGUACACUGAAACUGAGAUCUCCUUCAUGUUUGAGGUUCAGGAUAGGCAGCUUUUCUCGAUAGUGAAAUUGAACUAUUUGGGAGUGGUGCAACUUUUAGUGGUGAAUAGAUCAAGAAGUGCCACGUGGAAUGCCUUUUUUGAGUUCCCUAGUGAUCCUUGCGAUUUUUAUGGCAGGUGCGGUGCUAAUGCCAUCUGCAAUGAUAGUUUGUGUGAAUGUGUGAAAGGGUUCAUGCCUAACUCGCUUGACGAAUGGACGGUCCUUAAUUUUUCCAGCGGAUGCAAGAGGACAAUACCCCUGAAUUGUUCAAAAGGAGAAGGGUUUUGGGAAAUUGAAAAUGUUAAACUGCCUGACCAGUUGGAGGUAACGCUGUACAGGAGUAUGAGCCUCGAUGAAUGCAAGGACAAGUGCUUGAAGAACUGUUCGUGCACGGCUUAUGCUAUUUCGGAUAUAAGAGGACGAGGCAUUGGCUGCCUCAUGUGGUUCGGGGACUUGAUUGACAUGAGAGUGCUCGAAGAAGGGAACCACGUGCAAACUCUCUAUACGUACGCCAAUCAGCAUCUAAACUCGUCGGAACUGCAUUAUGGGGUGUUAAGCACAAGAAAAGGAGAAUCAGGACUGGAGGGAAAUCUUCAGACAGGACAGUUAGUAGCAGUAAAGAGGCUAUCAAAGAGUUCAGGGCAAGGUCUUGAAGAGUUCAAGAAUGAAGUACUCUUGAUCGCGCGACUUCAACACCGGAAUCUUGUUGGACUUCUAGGCUGUUGCAUUGAGGGAGAGGAGAGAAUCUUGCUUUACGAGUACAUGGACAACAAGAGCUUGAAUUACUUCAUAUUUGGUUAG